CGGAAGCAAAAUUUUUCACUGCUUUUAUGAUUUCAAUUUUAACAUUUUCAUCUGUAUAUUGAUGGAAAAGGAAGGAAUAGGCCUAACAGACGAUUCUAAUGCUCUGAAACCUUUAGAUUCAAAAGUCUAUUGUAAAGACUGCUCCCAGAAACGGAGUGUAACAUGUCUGGAGAAUACAGUUACCAGGUUUUAAAAGUGUGUGUUGCACAAAUCUGUCAGAAUCUGGGUUGGAAUUCCACACAAUCAACACCACUAGAACUUUUGACAGAUAUUUUAGAACGUUACCUUUUGCAAGUAGGGAAAGUAACACACAGAUAUGCUGAACAAUUUGGAAGAACAGAACCCAAUAUAGAUGACAUAGGUUUAGCCUUCCGCCAUUUGAAUGUCAGUCCUAGUGAGUUAGGCGAAUACAUUAAGAAUGCAGAUCCUUUACCAUACGCUCAUGAUGUGGUGUCAUUUCCUGUUCCAAAGAAACCUAAUCUACAGUUCCCUAAACCAGACUGUAGAGAGGUGUUCACAAGGGAUGAAUCUAUACCAGAGUACAUGCCGCUCAUGCAUCCUGAACUGGAAGAAGAAGAGUCUGUGCCAACUGAGCCAAGUACAGAUGCAAGAUUAACAGGAUUAUUACCACUUCCAACAAUGAAUCAGAUAUCAACGAGUCCAGUAGAUGGCACUGUUGUAGACAAACAUGCUAAUACACCACCAGAUGGACCCCCAUUUAAAAGAAGACGGUUAGACAGUGGUGCCCUUCCUGAAGAUGCUGGACCAUCAUUAUAUGAAAUGAAAAGUGUUAUCAUAUCUACGUCAGGAGAUCAUACACCAACUCAUGGCAAAGCUGGUAAAUUGCCAGAUCCAAGAACACCACCUCAGGGAUAUCCUAAAAAACCUAAAGAAUCGCCCAAACCAUCACCUGUUAAACAGUCAAAGAAAGCAUCUGCAAAAGAAAAAUCAGAUUCAAAUAAAGAAAAAAUUGAAAGAGACCUAUUUUCUGAAACUGUGUUUGUGCCAAGUUCAUAUGAAAGAUCGGAUUCAAAAGAUGUGCAAACAGAAAUUGUAAGACCGAAAUCCACUGUUGUGUCACCACCUGGUUAUGGGCCUAGAUCUAAAUCUCCUGGACAGGCUAAAAGUCCUAAAGGCCCAGGACGACCACCAGGUAGACCCCCAAAAAGUCCAGGAAGACCUCCUUUAAAGAAAAGUCCAGGCAGACCUCCCAUGCAGAGAAGUCCUGGAAGACCUCCUUUAUCAAGAAGCCCAGGUAGAUCUCCAUUUCAACGAAGUCCAGGAAGACCACCUUUACAUAGGAGUCCAAGUCGACCUCAGUCAGGAAGAAGUCCUGGGCGUCCACCAAAAAGUCCUAGAGGAAGACCCAGAGGAUUUAUUCCUGUGGUGGUUAAGCCUAAUCGCCCAGCAGACAUUGAAACGAUUGAGAGAAAUAUAUUAGAAAGAAUGUCACCACAAUCACAAAUCUCAAAUGAAGACAUUAAAGAUGUUGUUUCAACACCAACAACUGAUCAGCCAAUAGAUUUGUCUCUGUCUGGAAAGUCAACAGAAUCAUCUGUCAGUGAGGUUAUUGUUAAGACUGAAGGAAAUGAUGAAAAUUCACAAGAUGGGUCUUCCAAACUAAUAAUUGUAGAACAGUCUCACAGGCCUCGUGGAAGACCACCAAUCAGUCCAGAGAAGAAAAUGGCAAGAUUAGCUGCCAUUGAUGACAUUAUUGAUUCAGUUAUUGCAAAAUCAUCUAAAAAUGAAGAAACUAUAGAAGAAAAGAAACCAGUUGCUGAGCUUGCUAGUCCUGAUGAUGAAAAUAAAAUUGAAUCAAAAGAUAAAAAAUCAAUAUUUAAUGAAGGUGAAUCAUUUGAUGCUUAUGUUACAAAUGUUGAUUUGGAUGACAUGCAUAGUGAAGUCAUAUCAGAGGUCACCGUCAAAACUGAGACACCUGAGGUGAAGGAUAAUGUUAAUAAUAUCACUUUACCUACUGGUGAAAAAAUACCACCACUACCACCACCACUGCUUACAUCACCACCUAUAAAGAGACCGAAAGGACGUCCAAAGGGUUCUGGAAAAAAGAAAAUAACAACGCCAGUUAAGGAAAAGUUGAAGUUAAAACAAACUGUUCUAUCUGAAACUAUAAGUCAGGUAAAUAUUUUUGAAAACAAAUCACCAGAAGUCAAAAGUCCUGAAAAGAAGCCAAUGGAUCCAUGGAUGGCAGCCAUGUCAGCAGCAGGUCUUGCUGUAUCAGUACGGCCACCUGAACCAGAAGAAGAUACAAUGCCAGCUACACAAGAUGCAGACAUGUCAGAGACAGUGGAGGUAGAAAAUGUUACUAUUGAAGUAAUGAAUGAAACAGUGGAAGUUAAGACAGAGCCAGCUGAAAUCAGAAAUGAACCAGUUGUGAUUAAAACUGAGCCUAUGGAAACAGUUAAAGAUGAAAACAAAAUAAAGGGAAAAUCUGAGAAAUCUGAAAAAUCAAAGGAACACAAGAAAAAGAAAGAAAAGAAAAAGAAAAACAAGAACAAAGACAGAGACAAGGAAAAAAGUAAAAAGGAUAAAGGUCAUGAGACGUAUUUCCCCACCAAGCUGAAGAUAAAAUUUGGUGGUGCAUCAAAUAAAUGUGAAAGUACUCGUGUAAUAAUGUCUCCUCGAACAGAGUCAUCACCUAGUGAAUCUCCUCGACAAGAAGGUCUUAAACUAGUAAUAAAGAAGACAACACCACAGAUCUCUGAAAGCAAACCAUCAUCCCCCUCUGUAACUUCAGUUAAGAAAGAGCCAAAAACAAAAGAAAUCAAGAAAGAGCCAGUUAUUAAACCAGGACUUGUGAUAGAGGAGGAGCCCCCUAUUCUCACACCAGAACCUCCAAAAACAGCAACUCCUCCACCUCCUGUUCUCAGAGUGCCAUCCCCUGUUCCUCGUAAAAAUCCUAGUAAACUUUCUAUCCCAGAAUUACCUCGAGGUGUUGUCCCAUCCCCACCCCCACCAAAUCUGUCACAGCCAUCUACAUCCAGUGUACCAAGAAGACGUGAACCUGUUGAUCAUCAAGGAGCACAUAAAUUUCCUUCCCCUGCCCCAACAGAAACUAAGACAUCCCCAGUUCAAACCCCAUCUACACCUCCAUCAUCACCUCCCCAUCCUCCAGAAUCUCCUGUGGAGCAGGUCAAUUCUCCUCAUAGUGACACACCUUCUACCAGUCCAUACCAUUCCCCAUCUCCUUCUCCAGGUCCCUCCAAUCCUAGAGAGAAGUUUGAAUUGCCUCCUAUGCCUCCACCUUCUAUAGUUCCUCCCCCUCCUCCUCCAUCCAAGCCCUCCGUACAGAGAACAGUAGUCGCUGAAACCAUUGGAACCUUUAUAGUGUCAGAAGAUCAUGUCAUUGAGGAUGCAACUGGACAGAAAGUUUGGAUCUGUCCGACAUGUAAGAUGCCAGAUGAUGGUAGUCCUAUGAUUGGUUGUGAUAUAUGUGAUGAUUGGUAUCAUUGGGUAUGUGUUGGGAUAAAGGAAGACCCACCAGAGGAUCAAUCAUGGUAUUGUACAAAAUGUAUGGCUCCAAAGAAACAGUCAAAAAGAGGCAGAAAGAAGGGCAGUGGUGCUGGAAGAGGAAGAGGAAAGAAACCUGCUUAACACUUAGUCACAAUUGGUUUUGAAAAAAAAACUUGUAAAAUGUAUGUUGAGAAAGUAUUCUUACAUACUAACAAAAGUGCUUAUUUGGAUAUGUUACAUACUAAACUAGCAUAAUGUUGAACUCAUUGCCAGCUCUAUGUUGAUCAGUAAAGAGCUCUUGCUGAAAGACUUAGUAAGUGCAGCUAAGCCAGCUAUAUAAGUGUGACUUGCCUGUAAAUGUUGCUGUCUUAUUUUUGCCGUCAGAUGAACAUUUUACCAAGUUGUUGUUCAUAACACCCAAUCAGACUAAUCAGAUGAUAAAACAUUUUAUCUAACUGUUAGAUGAAGACUGCAGUAAGUCAGCUAUGACCGAAGUGCAAUUGCUAAAUGAAAAUUACUUAUAUGUAGCCCUACUGAGUGACUUAUCGUCUAGUUUUUUUUUUGUAUUUGUUAUUUUUCAAUUUCAUCCCAGAGAUGGUCAUCUGUAGUUAAUUAAUUGAGAUUAUCAUAUUUUCAAGUUAUAUUUAUGAUGAUCAUUUUACAGUAUAAUUUGUUUACAUGUAUUAGUUUUUUUGCAAGUUGUAAAUUUUAUUCAGAUAGCUACAAGAAAUACUUUUUAAAAAAAAUCACAUCAGUAGAAACUAAAGUUACUACAGUAUGACUUAGGUAAACUUAACACGAAAUCACUGAAUCAAACUGUUUAACUUGAGCAUUUUGUUUUCAACAACCCAUAAUGUUGUAGAUAUAAAAAGAAGAUGUGGUAUGAUUGCCAAUGAGACAACACUCCACAAUAGACCAAAUGGCACAGAAAUUAACAACUAUAGGUCACCAUGGUCACUGUACGGCCUUCAACAAUGAGCAAAGCCCAUACCGCAUAAGAAGCUAUAAAAGGCCUCGAAAUGACAAAUGUAAAACCAUUCAAACAAGAAAAAUAAUGGCCUAAUUUAUGUACAAAAUAAUGAACAGAAAAACAAGUAUGAAACACAGCAACAAUAGAGACUAUUAUACAACAACACUAUAGGCAUUGCUGUAGUUAUUAAUGAGGGUCUGAAUGUGGGGGUCGUCAUUUCUGUAUUCUUUGAUUUUUUAGGUAAAUUUUCUCUUAUCUUUAUUUUUUUUGUCCAUUAUUCUGUAACCCCAAUAAGUCCGGCCCUCCUCAUGAUCCACUGUCCAACUCAUGAGGGCCUGAACAUUUUAUUUGAUUAAAACUUGUCACAAGUCCUGGAUUUUGAAUCUUUGAAUGAAAGAGCCAAUCAGCUGUUAUUGUUAUUGAGAUAGGCAAAUCCCAAGCUAAUUCAGAAUGAUUAAUUGUCGAUUUUUCAUUGACUAGGCCUUCAGGUGAUAGUAUGGUAACAGUAGAGCAGCAAAAUAUAACGACUGAGUUUUUCAUGUUAAUUAUUCUGUAUUCGUUUUAAUUUAGCACCCUACUAUUCUCUAUUCUUUAUAAUUGUUUGCCUAUUUUUCUCUUUAUUUUGUAAACUCCAUCCAUACCCUCCUACACCCAUGUUGUAUGACUCAAAUGAAUCCACCAUGUGUUCAAAAUAAUAUAUUAAUAUAAAACAAAUUAGACGUGAAAAAAACAUGAGCUGUAAAUUCAGAAAUUAUUGUGUGUAUUUAUUAUUGUCAUUUUUGAACAAUUGACUCAAAUGCAAUAUUACCAUUUCAGGAAAUGCUGCAUACAAAUUAAGCUAUCUUUUAAGUAUAGCAUAAAAUGUUAUCUUGUAUGUAAGCAUAAAAAUGCAAGUUUUAAUUUUGCUACUCCUAUCUCGCUGAAAUUUUCGCAAUUAUGAAAACAUCGCAAAAAUUUCUGACUUUACAGUAUUUUGAAUAUAGAUUAUUUGUAUGACCAUCUGAAGUUGGUACAUGGUAAAAUCGUGUCAUUGUUCAACCAAUUAAGGUACUCUAGUAAGGGGACAACUUACUUUGUUACUGCUGUGAACAUUUUACCUAUUUGAAAAACAUGUGUUACAGGAUAUCAUUCUGUAUAUAUGACAUUCUCUGUUAACUGUCACAUGACUAAUAUACAGUUAACUAUUGAAUAAGGAAGUUUUCUUUCAAUAAUCUGAAAAGAUUCAGGAAAAAUGUAAGCUGAUGAAUUUAUCAGAAAUUAGAACCAUAUGCAUAAAAGGAGAUGUGUAUAAGAAAAUUUUAUGUUCUAGGGUUGAUCAAUUUAAUUGUAACUAAACCUUAAGUCAAAAGGUCUUGGUGAUUUAAACUGAUAAUGCAACAGUAAAAUCUUAUUAUUUAAACUUAUUUUUCAUUGAAAUGAGAAUGUCUAAUUUUGAAUCUUUUUAAGCAGACAUGCCUGAGAUUCUGAGGCUUCAUUUUACUAAAGUGUGCUGGUUAAAAAAUGUUUUGAAAGUCAUUUAUUAUUAAAUAUGCUUUACAUCCUCGUCAUUUUGUCUCUGGUGAAUAGUUGUACCAUUGCCACAUGUACUUAUAUCUAUAUUUAAAGAAAACAUACUGAGGUCCUUAAAUUUAAGAUUAUUAAAGAUCAUAGCUCAUAAUUAAGAAGUAUUUCUGUAAUUAAUAUUUUACCAGUCAAUGAUUUUUAUUUGUUAAAAGAUGUAUAUUUGUAACUAUUUAUAUAGUUAUAAACAAUAAAGAGUCAAAAUAUU